UUGAAUUAUGUUCAAUGUACAAUCUCUUUACUAUGAAAAAUUCAUCAAACAACAAUUUCGAGACAUAACUAAUCGAAAGGCUUUAGACUCUCAAAUAGUCAUCGAGACUUAACAUUCAAAUUCUGGACACCAAAUGCCUCCUUUAUAUCUUCCCAUAUUGUCAUAAAUGCACUCUAAACGAACUUCGUCCUUUUUACCCACUUCUUGAAAUUUUAGAUCAAUCCUUUCCCAUUCUACACGACCAAAAUUCUUCGAAGUCUUGUCCUUUGUGUUUUAAAAUGUGGUGGGAACCUAUAACCAACCAAGUUCAUGAUCAUAUUUGGACCGCCCAUGUUGUCCAUUGUUUUAGAUGUAAAAAAGAGCUCGCAAAGUUUGUCUUGAUUUUGUGCGAGAUGAAGAAAGUGAAACCACACUUUCAAAAGGAAUUUGGAAUCUUCUAUUAAAUGUCAUCAAAAGUGUGGAAGUGAUCUUAAGUUAAUUCUUAUGCCACAACAUUCUCAAAAAGAAAUCUUCUGAUCAUUCUAUCCAAUUGUCCCACCUCCAAAGUCUUCUUCUGAAUGAUUUCAAAACGUGUUAUUGCUUGAACCAAGAUUUGUCUUUUCUUAUCCUAAAAUAAAGAUUUCAAGGACUUAAAACAAGAAACAAACCCCCAAAUCUAAUCCAAGCAUUGGUUUCGCAUACAAAACACUGAAAUUCUCCUUCAAAACCACCCUCCAUUCUCCCACCUUCCUGUAAUUCCUUCACCUUCUUGUUUACUCUCAACUCAUCCAUUCCUUCCAUUUAUGGAUUUCAAGGCGACCACUUUUCUUCUUAUCAUCUUCUUCAUCAUCGUAACUUGCCAAACUCUGUCUUCAGACCAAAAGACUGAAGCUUGUGCUCCAAAAUCCUGCGGGAAAGGUCCAAAUAUAAGCUACCCUUUCCGGAUAGCUAAUUCACACAGCCCCUUCUGUGGAAUCCCAAGCUUCGAUAUUGCCUGCAAAGAUGAAAACCCAAUUAUCAGAAUUGCAGAAGAUGAUUAUAUUAUCAGAGAUAUUUUCUACAAAAACCAUUCUUUUCUUUUGACAAAUGCUGCGGCUUAUGAUGUGAACUCCCCAACUCCUCUUCAUAAUUUGAGCCUCCAACGAACCCCCUUCAGUUUCAGUUCAAAUCCUUAUGGAUUCUUCUUCUUCUACAACUGUACUUCCCUUCCUCCCGAUCAUAGCUUCCCAAUUGGUUGUUCUAGCACAGGCAAACUCCAUUCUUUUGCUUCUUUCAGUGAUGGAUCUUUGGGGUCCAUUAACUCCUCUUACCAUUCUUGUCAAUCCUUGGUUGCGAUGCCUUUGCACUUCAGUAAUAAUGAGGAAGAGGAUUUUAAUGAGUUGUUCAAGAAGAGUUAUUCUGAUGUCUUGAAGAUGGGAUUCAGUUUAAAUUGGAGUGCUCAAAAUUGUAGCAAAUGUGAGACAAGUGGUGGCCGAUGUGGAUUCCAAAGCAACAAGUUUGUUCGCUUUUGUUCUGAUGGAUGUCAUCUCGAAACCUGCAAACAGGGUAACUUUCUAAAAAUAUUAGUUCUAUAGAAUAGGAAAUGAGUAUUUGUAUCUAUCAACUGGAAUUUUUUGCUCAUUUGUUGGCGGUCUUUUUCAAAACAAAGUUUUCUAAAUUUUUGUUGUUUUUCCGGUUUUUUUUUCUUUUCCCCUCUUUGCUCACGAUUUGUUUGGUGUUGGAUCCAUUUUCUUGUGUGUUGGAACGCCUAAUCUUAGCUUGAUACUCCAACAUACAGAAGCAGAACAACAACCAAUCUCAACUGAUCCAAGACUUCCAGAUUUGAUUACCUUUCUUCCUUGUAGUAAACAAUUGGCAAAUUCAUGCAGGAAAGGAACUGUAGUCUGUAGAUAUAAUUAAUGGUAAAAUCUUGACUUAGCUGGAGUGGGGUCUUCACUCAUCAAUGAGAGUGACUCCCACUUAUGAUUUCCCAGAUCUAUUAAAUCGACAAGGUGUCUCAUUGGGAAAUUCUUAAGAAGCAUUGUUCGUUGAAUCAAGCAAUCUGUUCAAACAUCUAUGUUGACUAAAAGUCGUCUCCUUCGCCAUCUUUUUUUUAUGAUAUUAUUUUAGCUCUGCCUUUCUUAAAAGUUGACCGUCCGCUCGGAUUUGAUUAUCUGUUUAUGAGCAUUUGUAGUUCAAGAAAUUGGAAAUGCGUCUCAAAUUUGACCUCCCUAAACCCCAGCAUCAGCAACAUCUUCUUCAUUUCCUUCAUCGCUAUUCAUCUUUUCCCAUGUUUAGGGUUUAGGAUUUAGGGAGAAAAUUUGAAUUCAAGUGCAACGACAACAAGAUCACAAGGAUUGAAUCAACUCAUUGGAAUGGAAUAAAACGUUGUGAACAUCAGCCAAUCGAAUUAAGAAUGACGGUGCAAGAUCAGACCUCUUCGAUGAUUACUGACCUGAAAAUCAAAUUGAAACAGUGAAUGUUGGAUAAAAAUCUUGUGUUUUUCUUCACCAUCGUUUGGUUUGAACUUUGAUCUUCAGCUCUGUUUCGGCGAUGAGGCCAACGACAAAUUUAAAGCUUGCGAUGUGGAUUAUAACUGCGGAGAUUUGGUUUACAUAUCGUAUCCAUCUGGGGAAUGAGCGGCAAGAGUUCUGCGAUCGGCAAGAGUUUGGACUGAAUUGCAAAGACAACAAGACCACAACGAUUCAAAUCAACACUAUGGAAUAUAACGUUGUGGAUAUCAGCCAAUUGGAUAUAGAAUGAGGAUAGCAAGAUCAGAGUUGUUCCUUGCUUGGGAAAAUGGGUUAAAACACUCUUUCUCAACACAAAUGAUUUUUGCUUACUUUUUAAGGUUUAAGAAGACUUUUUGCUUCCUCAUCAUUAAGCAAUUUUACAUUAUUUUUUUUCAUCUUCUUUCUAUGCGAUCAACUUCGACAAUUCCACACAGUCACUACCACGAGCUCUGACCUUCUUCUUCUUCUCUCCUUUAUUCUCGGGUGUUGCAGAGUGAGAGUGCAAGAGU